UGACCUGGUUUUACGAGCAUUGUUGGCAGAGAUCGAUUCAGCUGCAUCGUCGUUGUUUGUUCUGUUUUCUAUUUUUGUGUACGCGAGAAAGUUUUCCCUAACGAGCGACAUACAACGAGUGCAACAAAUUCUACACAUGUCGAUCGGGGUGAAUUUACGUGUGACGGGCCACACGUCAAUCGGUGGCCGCAAAUACCAGGAAGACUACUUUUCCGUCGCCUAUCAGCAAACGGAGAAUGACCAAAAUCUGGAGUACGCGUACUUUGGAAUUUACGACGGGCAUGGUGGCGCGGAAGCGUCCCUCUACGCCAAGGAGCAUCUGAUGAAUACGAUAGUGAGCCAGAAGCUGUUCUGGUCGGAAAAUGAUGAUGAUGUGUUGAAAUCAAUACGCGAAGGUUACAUCCAGACACACUAUUCGAUGUGGCGCGAGCAAGAGAAAUGGCCAAAAACGUCGUCCGGAUUGCCGAGCACAGCGGGAACGACGGCCAGCAUUGCGUUUAUAAGACGGGGCAAAAUUUACAUCGGUCACGUAGGAGACUCUGGCAUCGUGUUGGGUUACCAGAACGAUAAGGAAUCGGCAAACGAUGGGCGCUGGGUGGCAACACCGCUCACCGAAGACCACAAACCGGAAAGCUACGCAGAAAAGAUGCGUAUUAUGAGUUGUGGCGGUAAGGUAGUUACCAAAUCGGGCGUGCCACGUGUGGUAUGGAAUCGGCCACGCAUUGGCCACAAGGGACCGGUGCGGAGGAGCACACCGAUCGACGAAAUACCGUUUCUAGCCGUCGCCCGAAGUCUGGGCGACUUGUGGAGCUAUAAUUCGGCAAUGGAUGAGUUUGUCGUGAGUCCCGUGCCCGACGUCUCGGUCAUUGAGAUUGAUCCGAAAAAGUACAGGUGUCUCAUAUUCGGAUCCGAUGGCUUGUGGAACGUGAUGUCACCGAAAAAUGCGGUGGACAUUGUUCGGAAUGCUGAAAUGGAAAACGUACGCAUUGCCUUGGAGGGUGGAAACGAGUGGAAAAAUCCCAGCAAAUUGUUAGUCAACGAAGCACUGGACCGGUGGAGUCGCAGUAACAUGAAGGCAGAUAAUACUUCCGUCGUUAUCAUUAUGCUUGACCCUCCUGGGCCACCGAAGCGAGAUGUGUUGAAAUCGGUCAAAGAUACGAUGCAGCACGCUGCAAACGAUCAGCCUCAUGCGGGUACAGGAGCAGCGGGCAGCAAUAUUAUCCACCUAUUCGACUGCAUCACACGGGGCGAGUCGAUGCCUGCGAUGUCGGAGGAGCUUUCUCGCCGAGAACUGCCGGCCCUGGCUGAUGCAAGGUUUGAUAGGAUGCAUCAUAAUCUAGAUGCACAGCACCACUAUCAUCAUCCACACCACAGCACGGAAGAAUACUGCGAAUCGGAAAGUCAUACUAACGAUCACAGCGCGCUGCACCAGCCGCAUCCGGACCAACAUCACCAACUGUCCCAUCUACAAGCUGCUGAUCCGUACAAUCAAUCCGCCGUUCCAUCUACCUCUUACCAUCAGGACCUUGCCUACUCGGACAGCUUUGCCGAAUCGUACAAUUCGCUGCUAAAUAGGAGCUUUGAAAACACGGACCACUCUUACACAUCACUCUUUCACCCCGUCACGGAGCACGGCCUCGAAGCCGAGGAUGUCGCUGAAUCGUACCGCAAUAAGGCCACCAUGGUAGAGGGUGUGGCGCCCGAGGAGGACGACGAAACGAUGUUUGAUUACUCUGGCGGAUCGUCAGACGAUGAACUAAUAGCCGCAAACACGGCGAGUGAUUCCUCCUACUCGUUGACCAACUUACAAACCAAAUCGGAACGAUUGCGGGCAGAAAUGCUAGAAUCGUGCAGCUCUCCGGAUGCAUAUUACCGUCAGCAGCAACCACGAAACGAGCCAAGUGGUUACGCGACAGGAAAUUUAGCGAUUAUUGAGCAUUUUCACAACUAUCACCAUGCACCGCAUGGUGAGUACGGCGAGCAUCACACUACCCACGGCCGUACCGAUUCGCAGGAAAACGAAGGUGAAUCGAACCGCAUUGAAACGAUUGGCGGAGCGAUGCGAAGUUUAACGCACCACGGUUUGCACCAAUACCAAAUGGAGUUGGAUGAGCAUUAUCACCAGCAGCAGCAGCACAGUGACUCACACUAUCAACCACACGGCUUUCCGCACGCUACCGCUUACCAGAUGGAACGCUACGAUUACAGGCACACGGUCAACAACAAUGAAACGAUAGUGCCUUGCGAAGCAACGUGCAGCAAGUAUACGUCGAAGGACAAAGCACAUCCCGUCUUGGAACCAACGGUGGUGCAACACCGGAACGAUGAACUCAUACCGGCCGAACAUUCCCGCGCGAAUGAAGGCGAGGAGGAAGACAGCUCAUCGUCGGAUGGACCGGCCCAGCACCAGAUCAUUGCCAUCCACGGUCAUCGCAUCCAAAUAAACGAGGUUUCGUCGUCGUACGUCGGUACCGCUGCCUGUGCGUCGCAGAUGCUGCUGGGAAGCUCGGACAGCGAAAGCACCACCAGCACAACCAGCCACGGAGACAGUGGCGAUGAAGAGAACAGUGCCUCAUCAACAACUAAUGCUGCGGCCGGCGUGAAGCAGAUGGUGCUGCCAGUGCUGGUGAAACAACGCCCAAGAAAACCCGGACCAUCGUCACGCGUAAUAACGAUUUUCUACGAAACACGCAGCAGUCGGCGUCAGUCGCGAGCGCGAAAUCAAACAUCAAACAGUUUUGCUGAUUGCAGUCGCAAAAGGGUGGACUUGAAACCUACCUCGUUUGGCGGUAUAGUAAAGCGACGAAAAGCGUCCACCGUUAUGCGUGCCACCAGCAUGGUCCAUCCCGACAACGGUUCACCGACCGCUGGUACCGAUACGUUCGUGCGCAGAGCAUUACGCUCGAACGGAAUGAUAGUGAAUUCUGCCAGACACGUGCUAACUGGCCCUGGGCAUCGCGAUAAUGUCGUCGGCGAUGCUGCACGCAGCAUAGCAAUGCGGGCUGUAGGUCAAACGCACCAACGGCAAGGAUUGUUACUGAACCAUCUGGUAAGCUCAACCACUGCGCCCAAUCGUUGUCUUGCAAUGCACUCAAUCAAGGCUAAACCGAGCGUGAUUGCUGCGGACGAUCGAACUCGAAUAAGCAGAAGCGGAUGCAGCACGAGGCGCAUGAAGCUGGAUGAUGAACUGCAGCGGCAAAUGCAAGCAAGCAAAGGGAAAGCAAUCGCCUGCAGUGGAAUUGAUUUGAUGGAAAGAUCCAAACGAACGAAACAGCUAAGACGUGCCCAAUGACCGAAAGCGUAGGGAACGCUGGAUCGAUCAAUCCCAUCCCGUGGCAAUAGGUGUGUGUGUAGUAGUAGUACUAGUAGUUUGGCGAUAACGUAGGAAUAGUAGGUUAAACAAAAGUUAAACAAAAAAAAAAGAAUGUAGAAGAAAGGGCUGUGAGCAAUCAUAUUUCGUCUGUAUCUCACCUUCUCAUUUAUUACGUGCGAUUAAUGCGCAAAACUUCAUAAUUUCGUUCUCAUCAUUCUAACACAACUUUCCUUCUUCUGUUUGAAAUUCCCCCUGCUAUUUGAAUUAGCCUAUUGUGCCGGUUGAGUGUGAAAAAGCAUAAUCCCAACAGUGAUUUUUGUUUUGUCGUUGUAAAAACCACAUCCCAGAAUUAGGGGAAAAUUGUCAAUUUAAUCAUUUCAAAUCAUUUCAACAUCUUGUUCCUACCGGUGGCAUGCUUUUUAUUGAUAGUGCACUUCCAUAAUGUGUGUAUAGCAUAAUUUAUCCCCAUUUAGAGUACAAUUUUGUUUUAUGUUUUUUUUUCUUCAUGCGUUUGAUAAAAUAAUCCCAUUUUGUUUUUUACAUACAUAAUGUUCGUUUUUGCUAUGUAAGUUAUAAAUUAACAGAUUCUAUAGAGCAAUCGAUACAUCAGUUUAUGUGUAGUAGGGUUAAGGGGGGCGGGGGUGGAUAAUAUAUAUUUUUGGAACCGUGCAAAAACACACACACAAAUCUUACAGGCAAAUAGUACAAUGGAUUGAAAAGAGACAGGUAAAACACACAACUCGCGCACCGUGAUGAUAGUGCGUGAGUUCUGUAGUGCAUUUUCUUGUAGUAGAGAGGCUAAUUGGUAAAUUGUUACGCAAAUGUAUGUGCAAACCCUAGGCCAAAGUAGAAACGAAAAUGUUUUAGGUUCAAAAAGUGCCUCGACUGUGGUAGAGAAUUGGCAAACUGGUGAGGUAAUAUCUCAGGUGGUCCGAUCAUCCAAAACCUUACGCAGAUUCACAGUCGUUAUUUAGCGCAAUUUCAUCAGCAUGUGUGCAAACUUACGAUAAUUACGAUUUAUUUUGGUAUACAUUUCCUAUAGAGCACCUUCAAAUUGUUGCUGGAAUACCGUUCGCUCGUAACGUUUUCCAUUUGGUCAGAAAUUGUGUAUGCGCAGGUGGAAAAGUAGCUCUUUUAUUGACUGCCGGUGUUUAAGCAAUUGAAACUACAAUCUUUGGUGUGGAUUGUGAAUCUAUGUAUAUUCGGAAAUUAUGUAAAGACAUAGCAAAUAACGAUAAUGUCUCAACUAUCAAAAGAGAGCGGAGCAGUACCCACCCGUAGCUAUAAAAAAAGUGUUUUGUGCAAGCGUAUUGGAAGCAAAGUGUUUUUCUGUUUCUAUUUUAAUGGUCAGAAAAUAAAUAUUUUAAACUAAAAAAUGUAUUUCUUUCCACGG